AUGCCCAGCCAAUCCCAAACCCGAGACCGACCCGACAGACGCGAUCGGGAUCGGGAUCGGGAUCGCGACCGCGCACGCGAGCAAGAGCGCUCCCGCCGCCGAGACCGAGACCGGGACCGUGAAUACAUCCGCGGCCGCUACGAAGACGUCGACGAAGGCGCAACAUCCAGUCCUGGAAACGCGCGCACGGCGAAGUACCGCUUCCGCGGGGAAUCGGGGUACGAGUCGAACUCGCAUAAUGAGCGCGCUGAGUAUGAUGAGGAGCGGGAGCGGCGAAGGGAACGGAGGCGGAGACGGAGGGAGGAGGAUGAGGCUGCGGGGCUUGUUUAUGGGGAUGAGAGGAGACGGGAUAGGGAGAGGGGGAGUUCGAGGGUGAAGGAUUCACCUGCUGCGUCGCCUACUAAGCGGCGGGAUCGCGAGAGACGGUAUCGCAGAGAUGAGAGUGUUAGUGCGAGUCCGGCUAGAGAAAGACGGAUGAGGGAUGUUGAUGUUGAUCUUGAGGCUGAGGCACGGAGACGGAGACGACGUGAGCGCGAGCGCGAAAGAGAACGAGAGCGUGAGCGUGAGCGAGAAAUAGAGGCUGCUGCUGCUGCGUCGCCGGCGAGGAAACAUCGCAGCACUGAGUCUUCUAGUAGUGCUUCGCACCUCUUGAGUGUGGAUGCAAUGGCGCGCCUUGCCGCUCAGCACGAAGAUGUGGAUCGCAUGGAGCAGUAUCGCGAGGAAGAGGAUUCGCGUCGGGAACGACGGCGACAGCGGAAGCGAGCUGCUCUGGACGGUGCUGCUGGUGCGGCGCUUGGUGCUGAAGUUGCAGAGGGUCGUUCACGCCAUAAGGCUGGUGCGCGUGUCGUGUCUGGUGCUUAUUUGGAAGAGGGACAUAGCUCUGAUGCUCGGGUUCGUCGUCGUGGAGGUGGUGGCCCUGCUAUGGAAGAUCAUUGGAAAGAUGAAGAUAGCUGGGAAGGCAGUCUGGAGAGCCGUGGAGGGCCACCGGCUUGGAAGUUUUGGUCUAAUUGGCCGAGGAAGAAGCGUAUUUUGGUCGGAUGUCUACUUGCGGUCCUACUUUUGCUUGCCAUCAUCAUUCCGGUUGCAAUUGUUGUGUCAAAAAAGAAAGGCUCAGAUUCAAAGUCAAGUUCCUCGAGUUCCUCAGACUCUGGUGACAGUUCUCUCACCUCUAAUUUGGGCAGUAUCAGCCGCGACAGCAUACCGAGUUACGCCAAAGGUACCGUUCUAGAUCCAUUCACAUGGUACGAGACCGUAGGGUUCAACCUUACAUUCACAAAUGAGACUGUGGGAGGUCUUUCUGUCAUGGGAAUCAACUCAACCUGGGAUGACUCUGCCCAGGCGAAUGACAAUGUGCCUGCUCUCAACAAGGCGUUCCCCUACGGCACACAACCGAUCCGUGGAGUGAAUAUAGGGGGAUGGUUGUCCAUCGAACCCUUUAUUGUCCCAUCUCUAUUCAGCAAGUGGCCAUCCAGCGCCAGUAUCAUCGACGAGUACACCUUGACCAAGAAGCUCGGAAACUCUGCAGCGUCCACGAUUGAGAAACAUUACGCCGAAUUCAUCACAGAGUCAGACAUAAAAGAGAUCAAGGAAGCCGGGCUGGAUCAUGUCCGAAUCCCAUACUCUUACUGGGCCGUCACUACCUACGACGACGACCCAUACGUCCCUAAGAUUGCGUGGCGAUAUCUCAUACGCGCAAUCGAGUGGUGUCGCAAGUAUGGGAUACGGGUCAAGCUUGACCUCCACGGACUCCCCGGCAGUCAAAACGGCUGGAACCACAGCGGUCGACAGGGCAGCAUCGACUGGUUGACCGGCACAAACGGCGCCCUCAACCGGAAGCGAUCACUUGAGAUUCACAACCAACUCUCACAGUUCUUUGCCCAAGAUCGGUACAAGAACGUGGUAACAAUUUACGGUCUAGUGAACGAGCCCUUGCUUUUGACCUUGCCCGUCGAGCAGGUCCUAAAUUGGACCCAGGAGGCUGCAGAACUCGUCCGCAAGAAUGGUGUCACCGCCACUCUUGUCCUACAUGAUGGCUUCCUGAACCUCGACAAGUGGGACAACAUGUUCAAAACUCACCCGGACAACAUGUACCUCGACACCCACCAAUACACAACCUUCAACACGGGUGAGAUCGUCUUGAACCACACCGCCAAGGUCAACAUUAUCUGCAAUAAUUGGUACCCCAUGAUCAAGGAGAUCAACACAACAAGUUCUGGAUGGGGUCCAACAAUUUGCGGCGAAUGGUCCCAGGCCGACACCGACUGCGCACAGUAUGUGAACAACGUCGGCCGAGGCACUCGAUGGGAAGGAACCUACGAUACAAGUUCCACGACAGCAUAUUGCCCAACAGCGGCCGAAGGAACAUGUAGCUGUGCGGAUGCGAACCAGGAUCCUUCUGAGUACUCGACUACAUACAAGAAGUUCCUGCAGACGUAUGCUGAGGCACAGAUGUCUGCCUUCGAAACGGCGAUGGGAUGGUUCUACUGGACCUGGCGGACAGAGUCCGCCGCACAGUGGAGUUACCGCACUGCGUGGAAGAACGGAUAUAUGCCUAGUAAGGCAUAUAGUCCUUCAUUCAAGUGCGGCGAUACAGUACCGGACUUUGCCGAUACAGCGGAAAAUUUCUGA